UUCGAAUUUAAAAAUUAGGUCAAACUUCUUAAAAAAAUUACAAGUUACUAAAAGAUAUAUGUGAGUUAUAUUAAUGUCUAACAGAAAUUUAAUAUGGUUUGCCUAUUUUGAUCACUGCCGAAUUUCAUCUUUUGUUUUAUCAGCUGGUGCAAGCCUUCAGACUGCAUCAGCCAUGUACAGUAUUCCCAAGACAGUUUUAUGGCGCCGAGUACAAAAGGACAUUGGAUGUUAUGCUCUCAGUCGCCGUGCCAAGCUACGACAGCGUUAUCAUCCUCACGCCAAGGAGGCCGCUGUCCGUGCUCUUGAGAAUGGGGAGAAGAUCAACAAAGUUGCAUCACAGUAUAAGAUACCAAAGACUACAUUGUUCAGGGAGAAGAGCAGACUUGUGGAGGCUGGAAAGCUACCCUUGUCAUGCUUGAACCGACGAGUGCCUAACAAUGAUAGCCAUAAGCAGGUGCGGCUCACACAGGCAGUUGCGGCAUGUAAGGAGGGACGCAUGUCACAGGCAGCAGCCUCAUCAACAUUCAAGGUUUCGAAAACCACAAUAUGGAGAAGGUUACAUCAAAGUGGAGGAACAAAACAGAUGAAAUAUUUAGAGCCAAAGACUGAGCCAGUAGAAAAACGAACUUGACUUUCAGGAGGUUGUCACAGAGAUUCCCAUGACCUACCACGAUGAGAGAGAAUAUCCAGAGGCAUCCCUCAUCAUUCUCAACAAUUGUGGCGGUGAACUAGCGUACCAGGAGGGAGACCAGAUAGUGGUAGAUGGUGUCUUGGUGAGUCAUCUUUGUAUCAGC